UCACUUUGGACACACUGAUUGGGCAGUGUUUUUAUUUUUAUUUUGUUUGGCUAAUCUAAUCGUUUAAUAAUAUAUUAAUGCAGCCAUUUAUUGUUAUACGCAACUAUACGCAAGAUGAUGAGCUUAAGUGCCAGGAGCUGGUACGGGACUACAUUAUGUCGUUCUCCAAUAAGUCCUUUUUCGUCUAUUGCUUUCGAGAGAUCACCCUGCAGUUCAUAGUUAUCACAUGGGCUAUAUUCUUCAUUUUUCUGGGAGUGCCCCUGCUUUUCUGCGCCCUCACCGUACCCGCUUGUAUUUUCUGUCUCUUCACCGGCACAUAUUUUUCGUUCUAUUCCAAGGCAGUGGAGCUGAUGAGGACCAAGCCCUCGCAAUCACUAGUAGCCGAGUGCUAUGAGCCCUUCAUUUUCCGCUGCUCACCCAAGGAGGCCAGCUACCAGAUCUUCAUCGAGAAUUGUCCUUAUGAUGAGGUUUAUAAAAGGAAAUUCCGCCGCCGUAUUGUGGCCGCCAUUAGUGUGAAAAAUCACCAUGCAGUUUACAAUGCUGCCUGGAUAUAUCGCUUUGCCAUCGAUCCCAACUAUCCCUACCAGACGAUCAUGGCGCCCAUGGUGAAGCUGGUGGUAAAAAACUGCAUUGGCGGGGGCUAUGCCUCUCUGGAAUGCACCAUCUCCGAGUGGCAGGAAAGUGAACGCGACUUCUACGACGACUUUGGAUUCGUUACGCGGCAGAUCUACCACAAGAAGAUCAUCGGCAGCAGUCUGGCGGUGAUGAAAACGCAACUGACCUAUGGUUUGCGAACCGACGAGGCUUUGCAAAAGCAAAACUAGUGCAAUACCAAUGGUGCAAUAUAGAUAAUCUCGAUGCCCUGUGAAAUCUAGUUCAAUAUUUACGUAUUUAUUCUGUGAACUUUACAUUCCAGUCACAAAUUGCGUCCCGAACUCAAAUGACACCGAAUUAAGUCCUAGAUGGUAGUUCUUCGGCGAAUCGACAAAGUUCAGAGAGAAAUUAACCAUUAUUUAACAAGCCAAUACUGAAAACUGAGAUAACAGCAUUCCGUAGUAAUUC